CAGGAGUGUGUUAAGGCCAAUCGUUUCCGUUUGACUCCGGGAGGCUUAGCAGGAGUGGACCUGGCAGCCAAAGCUGACGCUGAGUCUACAGCUUCGCCUGAGGAGUUCGGGGCCGUGCUGGGCUCGCUCUGUUGGCGAUUAACUAAGCAGGCCACACCUUCUGCCAUGAUUGCGCCCGCUGUGCUGCGCGCUCUGCGUAAGAACAAGACCCUUCGCUACGGAGUUCCCAUGUUGUUGCUGGUUGUUGGAGGCUCUUUUGGUCUUCGUGAAUUUUCACAAAUCCGGUAUGAUGCUGUGACAAUUAAGAUUGAUCCUGAAUUGGAGAAAAAAUUGAAAGUGAAUAAAAUAACUUUAGAAUCAGAGUAUGAGAAAAUAAAGGACUCCACUUUUGAAAACUGGAAGAAUAUUCGAGGUCCGAGACCUUGGGAAGAUCCUCAACUCCUCCAAGGACGAAACCCGGAAACUCUUAAGCCUAAGGCAACCUGACUGUGCUCAGUUUUUGUUUUGUUUUUGUUUUUUUUUUCAAUGAAAUGUUCUCACCUCGAUAUGUAGGAAGAAGAUUCCAGACCUGUGGAAACCUGGAUGUGAAUAAUAUGAUGGCAGAAAUUUUUGAUUAAAAAGUCAAGUAUAAGUCUGUAUGCUUUUCAGUCCUCUUGUAAAUGAAAAUAGUAGUAUUGAACACACACAUGUGUGCACGUGUGCACAUGCACACACACACACACACCCCACUACCAAUCUAUAAAAAAAUGUUACUAGUGCUUCCAUAACAUGCCAUGAAUUCUACUUUCCUAUUACCCACCCACUCAUACUCUUUCUAGUCACUGGAACAUUUUUGCCAUCUCAGUUUGGUUUCUGAUGAAAAUCAUAGGCUUAGAUCCAGAUUUUCCCAAUAAAAUGGUAACUUUAUGUUAAGC